AUGUCUUUCAAGAAGCUCCAUUACGUAGAUAGUGCUGUCCGGGGGACAUUAUGUCUGGCUCCGGUGUUUCUGUAUGCAUCCAUCUGGAAUCACCCUGCCCUAGGGCCAACACCUGCCCCGGGUAUGUGGAUUGCCGCGUCCAACUUGGAUGUCCAUAGGGACGAGAAGUUCUACCAUAAAGGACAGUCAUACCAGUCAUUCCGAUUUCUCAAGGAGCAGCCUAUGGGGGAUGGCAUGAGUCCAAGCAGGGAAAGAUAUACCCAAGACAUGGGUAUGCCCCCGCAGAAGAUCACUAGGGUAACACCUAAUUCGUUAUCUCUGCCUUUCGGCUCCGGACGUCAUGCGCCGUGACCUUUUCUCUCCCUUUGGAAAAUGAUUUGAAUGAGUUUCUCACUGUCCUACCAUACUCAUCAGCCCGGGUCGACCACUUUGGUCUUCAUCUGCUCAAAAUGAUCCUCGCCUGUGUUCGUUUUAAACUAUGAUGUCGAACAUCUCGACAAAGACCCGAGAAUAUAAUUUGCGGUGGAAAUAUACUUGUACCGUCG